AUGCAGGAUCCAUCAGCUUAUUACCAUUCGAUGAUGUCAAAACAACAACAACAACAACCUCAGUUUCCGGUUCAAGAACAGCUAAACUGUCCACGCUGUGACUCACCAAACACAAAAUUCUGUUACUACAACAACUACAAUCUCUCACAGCCACGUCACUAUUGCAAAAGCUGCCGUCGUUACUGGACCAAAGGCGGGGCUCUCCGUAACGUCCCCGUAGGUGGAGGUACUCGCAAAAGCUCAAAACGAUCAACCUCAUACUCUACUUCUCCUUCCUCCAACAACAAGAAGAUCAAGAACCCCGAUCCGGAUCCUAACUCACAAAACGGGACCAAACCGGAUACGGAUCCGACCCGGAUGCUAUACGGGUUUCGGAUGGGAGACCAAGACAUGAAAGGUGUGGAGAUGGGUGGUGGUGGUGGUGGUGGGAGUUUCAGCUCACUUUUGGCGUCGAAUAUGCAGCUGGGUCAUGGUGGGAUCAUGCUCGACGGGUCGGGUUGGGAUUCGGGUAUGGGUUUGAGGAGGAGUGAAGCGGGUAGUGGUAACCUGUGGACUGAUCUGGCUAUGAACAGAGUGGAGAAAAACUGA